UGUGACUGAGAGAGAGCGAGCGAGAGAGCGGCACAAAGGAGAAGCGGGCAACAACAGCAGAAGCGGCAGCUCCUCACUGAGAUUGCUUGAAAUACGCAGCAGUAGAAAGGGAGAAGUGAGUGCAGACUGAUAGUGAGUGAAGAGGGAAGAAGAAGAAGAAGAAGAAGAAGAAGAAGAAGAGGAGAAUACAGGACAUACGCGACCACUUUGGUGGCCCAUUUACUUGUGGAUAUGCCAGCCUUCCCUUUGUGCGACUUCCCGGUGGGGGAGAGGUAGGGGGACACCGGCUCUCCCACCACUGCUCUCCUCACCAUGAGCUAAUUCCUGGACUUGCGCGAGGAGAUCAAGGAUGGGGAUCACAUCGGAGACAAGUCGAGAGGUUUGAAUCAUUGGGACCAAGUGUCCUUACCCUUUACUCCUCCCCCUCCCCCUCCCUCCUUUGCCCCUUACACCCUAAACUGGCGCCUCGGAGAUGUUACGGUAAAGACACCGGGACAAUGUCUGGGUAGAUAAUUUUUCGCAACUACCUCAGAAGCCAGCAAAUUUGGGAUUUUUUUCCCUCAGGAUGUCCUCGGGACCCCACACCUACCCCUUUCCAUUUGCACUCAAAACAGUCACGACUUCCAUGCCAAGUGUCGGCUAUAAAAUACUUGUCAGACAGUGAUAAUUGCUCUGGUCCCUGGUCCCAUCACAGAGGCCAGCAAAUUCGGCACCUUUUCACAUGGGAACUCCAAGGGAUCUCCUACUCCUCCAUCUUGAGCCCCUUGGCACUAAAUUGUCGUAUCAGAGACAUAACUGUGCAGAUGUCCAAGCCAGUGUCUGGAAUAAAAUACUACUUGGACAGUUGCUCUGGGAGAAGUGAGUCUCUGGUGUUAAACUUCACACCUCGGGAGCUGCCGGCUCUCCUCGGAACCUGGCAAAUUUGGCACCUCAGGACCAAGCAUCAGAGACGCCUGUGCCAGUAUCUGGUAUAAAGUUGGCAUUGUGGACUCCCCUUUCAUGCAGCCACCGUCCUGCUUCAGAAUCUGAAAGCCGCCCCAAUAUCCUCAGAAUCUAGCUUCAGAGACACCACAGAGACAUCUGCACCAGUGUCUGGAAUAAAAGACUUUUUGGGACAGAUCCCUUGGCUGAAUUCAAUUCAACUUCCCAACCCUGGUCCUGGAAUCUCCUCACACAUAGCCGCCGCCUCAGAAGCUGGCGAAUUUGGCACCUUUCACACAGGACAUCCUUGGGGCCAAGCAUCAGAGACAUAACAAGAAACAUCCGCGUCACUGUUUGGAGUUAAAGACUUCUUGGGCAGUUUAGAAUCCCCUUAAACAGAGCCAGGGUAGCGUGAAAGGGGGCUUCUGUCUCCAUGAUGUUCAACAAUAUCCCGUCACUGGGGUCCGGCAACAUCUCGGCGGGCAACUGGAGCUGCAGCAAGAACGAUGGCUUCAAGUAUCCGCUGUACAGCACGGUGUUCAGCAUAGUGUUCGUGGUCGGCCUCAUCACCAACGUGGUGGCCAUCUACAUCUUCACCUGCUCGCUCAAGCUGCGCAACGAGACCACCACGUACAUGAUGAACCUGGUGGCGUCCGACCUGCUCUUCGUCUUCACGCUGCCCCUGCGGGUCUUCUACUUCAUCAACCGGAGCUGGCCCUUCGGCAGCGUGCUGUGCAAACUGUCCGUGUCGCUUUUCUACACCAACAUGUACGGAAGCAUCCUCUUCCUCACGUGCAUCAGCGUGGACCGCUUCCUGGCCAUCGUGCACCCCUUCCGCUCGCGGACGCUGCGCACAAAGCGCAACGCCAAGCUGGUGUGCGCCGGCGUUUGGGUGCUGGUGCUCUCGGUUAGCUUGACCACAGGCUUCCUGCUGGACACCACAUCGCGGCAGCGCCACCCCGCCAACGCCACCUUCUGCUUCGAGAACUUCUCCUCCAGCCAGUGGAAGUCGCACCUGUCCAAGGUGGUCAUCUUCAUCGAGACGGUGGGCUUCGUCAUCCCGUUGCUGCUCAACGCGGGCUGCUCCGUCAGGGUGCUGCAGACUCUGCGGCGCCCCCACAAGGUGAGCCGUGGCGGGGGUAAGCUGAACAAGACCAAGAUCCUGCGCAUGAUAGCCGUGCACCUCACCACCUUCUGCUUCUGCUUCAUCCCCUACAACGUCAACCUGGUCUUCUACUCGCUUGUGCGCACCAAGACCCUCAAGGGCUGCUUCGCCGAGUCGGUGGUGCACACCAUUUAUCCGGUGGCGCUGUGCAUCGCCGUCUCCAACUGCUGCUUCGACCCCAUCGUCUACUACUUCACGUCAGAGACCAUCCAGAACUCCAUCAAGAGGAAGUCGCUGGCGGGGCGGCCGUGCGACCCCAAGUUGUCUGAGGCGCUGCAGUCGGAAUCCAGCUCCAACCUGCAGUGCAGCUUGAGGAACCUCAAAGCCAAGAUGCUACACAACGAGUCCACGGUGUGACUCUCUCUUUGACCCUUUUUUACGAGUUGUAAAAUACAACAUCCAGUUCGGGGAACUUUCCUCUGUCUAUUUGUGAGGCCCUUCGCACACUCCCUGUUAUCCUUCCGCUGAGGAUUAUACUGUCAUUGUGCAACUGAAUGGAAGGGAGUGCGAACACUUUUGGCAGUGCACGUGCGUGUGUGUUUGUUGCGAACUGUAGCACACUUAAAUUAACAGUUAUAUGGAGCUAAGGUCGGGUGGGUUUUUUUGUACACGGCAUUGGAUGAAAUUCUUUAAUAAACAAACCCAUUCGGACCAGAAUCCCCCAGCAGUUUCUUUUGAAUAUCUGAACAAUGUACAUAGACAUAAGCAGCAGAGGUGGGAGACGGAAGUCACAUGACUUAGACAAUACAGACUGGUUUGGGACGAUAAAAAAAAAAAAAAAAAAAAAAAAAAAAAGAUUGUGAAUGUGUUACUACAGAUAACAAUACUUUUUGACUUGCUUAACAUUUAGUGGGGACUUGCUUGAUUUUUACGACAGUAACUCGGGACUUGCUGGAAACUCGGAAGACUUGGGGCCUGCACGUAUGUGACUUACUCGCACCUCUGGUAAACAGUGAUGCUGUAGCCAGGCUGUGAGGAAGUGAGCGUCUCGCUCUGGCCGGGCGGGAAGAGUAGCAACUUCCUUUGGAGAAGUUUUGCGCAACCUUUGAGCGAAACCAUACACGCGGCGGGCACUUAAUUGGGUACAUCCGUGGUAUCACUGCAUCAGAUCAGAGCAGACGAGGUGAUAAAAAUAUCUUCCCUUCUAACUCUCCUGUGUCAUGUCAAUUUGUCACUUUGUUUGUGUGAGGUUAAAUAAUGUGUGUGCAUGACUAUGAUAUAUGAAAUAUAGUGGCAAAAUAUUUUCGUCGCAAGAAAUUGUAUAAAUGAGACAUUUCUGUGCUCCUUUUAGCCUCUUGUGUCACUGCUGUGUCAAUAUAUUGAAUGUGCCACGUAUAGUACGAAGGAAGUGUUUGCAAAUUACAAAAUAAUUGAAAAAAUAUGUACUGACAAAAUAAAUAGGGACAACAGUUCAAUCCCAA